GGAAAGACGAAGGCCAAGUAUUAUGACGAGGCGGAGAUCAACCGCGGCUACGGAGGAGACCCGCCACAACGGAGAGAGUCGUCCGCCAGAUUGUCGAUAACCAACUUGAUUAGCCCCUCUUUCUUGAUCCGUCAGGUCUAUGGAAUGCGUCUCACCGGACAAUUACCUAUCACAAUCGCUACGGUCUGUGCUCCUUGCAGUGGACGUGAAACUGAAACUAUCCGGGCUGUCUGGCAGGCCCACAGCGACCCGGUCCAUUCCAACCCAAACCGCGAAAUCCUUGUGAUACUGCGACUUCCAGCCUUCUGACGGUCCAAAUGUCCGCCGACUUGUUUGCGGAAUUUGGAGCCGGGGCGUCUUCCGGUCAAAUCACCGGCAACCAGGCAGCGUCUCGGCCUCAGACAAACUCUCUGAUUCCCGAUCUGGAGUCUUUUUCAGAUACUGCGUUCCCCGAUGCAUCUCACCACGUGAGUCGGCCUAUGCCUCAUGCCACUCAGGCUCGAACAUUGCCAAAGCAACAGACUGCGUUUCACCAGUCGAGUUUUCCUCCAUUGCCACAGUAUGACAACGGCAGCGAUGUACUUUUCGAUGCCACUCUAGAAACGGCCUCCAAUGAUGAUAGUGACGACUGGGGCGAAUUUGAGUCCGCUGAUAAAGCCCCUACUCCGCCAGUUUCAACAGAGCCAGUCCAAAGGCAAGCGGCCGGAGUGAACCCAGGCAAUCGAGGUCCUCAACGAGCAAACAUCAAUACGACUGCCCCGCCGAAACAGCUGGACUUACUGGACUCUCUUACCCUUGAGGAUAAUCCGCCAGCAGUUUACAAGCAGCCUAGGAGUGCCAGUCAAGAUAAGGCCAAACCCCAGCCCAAGAAGGUGGUACCGACGAAACCUUCUGCUCCUACAGAGGAAGAAGAGCCUUUUGAAGAAUGGGGGGACUUCAUCGACGGGCCUACUACAGAAAGUGCGGUAAAGACAACCCCACGGGUUGAUACCACAAGGUCGACACGCAACUCAAACACGCGUACGCAGAAAACCAGCUCUCAAUUCUCCGGCGUAACAAACCAAUCCGUACAUCCGAGCGCAGUCCGCCCAACUAAUAUUCCUCCUCCGUCUGUUCUACUUGAGCUAUUUCCUCAACUUUUUGAGCAGCUGCGACAGGAAGCGACCCAAGCAAGGCGAAAUCUACAGCAGAAGGAGAGUGUUGACGGCGCGGCAUCGUCGAUUCUGUGCGUCUUGAAAGCAGUGGCACGUGUAGUUUCGGGUCGGACUUUGCGAUGGAAGAGGGAUUCCAUCUUGAGCCAGAGCAUGAGGAUUGGUCCUGCACGCUCCGGGAAGUCAGGGGGGAUGAAACUCAACACGGUCAACAAGAACGAAGACAUCAAGGAGAAACAAGAGGCCGUCGACGUGAUCGUGAUGUGGCGGGACCGGGCAGCUCUUUUCAAUUCUAUCAUCCAGGCUUCCGGGAGACGCCCUAUUCAAGCUAUCCCCGAGAACAUUCGGGUCACGACCGCCACAGCGGAGCAGGGGGCUCUCAAGGCGUCUCAUGCUUGCGCUCUCUGCGGGCUGAAAAGAGACGAGCGACUCCCUAGAGUCGACGAGGCGGUGGAAGAUAGCUUCGGGGAAUGGUGGACCGACCACUGGGGCCAUACCGACUGCAGGCAGUUUUGGGAGACCCAUAAAGACAUGUUAAAUCAACGAUGAAUUUAAUUGUUCCGUACUCGCGGGUCUAUUUCUCUAAUAAUAUGACCUAUCAUGGUACCUCUGAUGUAACUAUACUAAGCGGCCGUACAUACAUACCUACAGGCCCAUACUUGAGGGUACGACAAACCCGGGCAAAGCACCCAAGAUGACUGCAUAAUGAAUUUGAUUAGGAUAUUUGCAAAAGCUUAAGGGAAGUCAUCUGCUAGGAUGUCUUAUUCUCUGACCGAUCACGCGUAGAAAUACUAUCGUCAUAGAAG